AUGCGGAGGUAUCCCUCCGUGGCCAGCUUCUUAGAGGGACUACGGCCUUUUAGGCCGUGGAAGUUUGAGGCAAUAACAGGUGAACCUGCGGAAGAAUCAUUGUCGGUACCUGAAAAAAUAGACCCGCGAACAUGUUCAAACACUGGGGGCCCGUUGCAUGGGGCAACCCCGCGGCGUGUCCUCCUCCCGCGCGGGCACCGUCCGCUGUGGGAUAACGAACCCCGGCGCGGCAUGCGCCAAGGAAAACUGAUAGGAGCGUCUGCCUUUGUCGCACCGUUCGCGGUGAGCGAGGGGGUGAAUCCUGUGAACCAUCGAGUCUUUGAACGCAAGUUGCGCCCGAAGCCUCACGGCCGAGGGCACGCCUGCCUGGGCGUCACGCAUCACGUCGCCCUCCGACCUCCUCUAUACGGAGCGAUCGGUUGGGGCGGACAUUGGCCUCCCGUGUGCAUCAAGCUCGCGGCCAGCUUAAAUGAAUUCACGAGGCGCCCGCCGUCACGACAAGCGUUGGUUGAGCACUCAACUCUCUUACUGUCAUGUUGGACGGAGCGUCGCAUACCCAUAGAGACCCAAAUGGUGUGA